AUGGAGAAUUCAUCUAUCGUGACUGACUUCAUCGUUCUUGGCAUGAACGAUAACCCUCAUCUUGAAGUCCUGCUAUUUGGAGCCUUUCUCACUAUUUAUGUUGUCACUGUGUUGGGGAAUCUAGGCCUGGUGGUCCUGAUCAGAGUCAGCACUCGCCUCCAGACACCCAUGUAUUUUUUCCUUUCCAAUCUGUCCUUCCUUGAUGUCUGUUUCUCUUCCAUCACCAUUCCAAAAACUUUAGUAAAUUUGUUAUCUAAGCUGCAGGACAUUUCUUUCCGUGAAUGUGUGACUCAAAUGGGCCUGUUCAUAAUCUUUGCCUCUGCAGAAUCCAAUAUUUUGGCUUCCACAGCCUAUAAUCGCUAUACUGCCAUCUAUCACCCACUGCUCUGCCACAUUACCAUGUCAAGAGUCCGAUGUCUCUUCUUGGUGGCCCGAUGCUACCUUGGUGGGUUAGUAAACAUGGUCAUGGUGACAACUUCUAUCACACAACUAACAUUCUGUCAACCACGUGUCAGCUCUCACUUCUUCUGUGACAUCCUCCCACUGUUGGCACUGGCUUGCUCAGAUCCCUGGAUCACCCAGGUCAUGGUUGUUGGCUGUGGGGGAUUCCCCUUGGUCACUUCAACUGUGGUGAUCCUUGUUUCCUACAUAUCUAUCCUCAUGACUAUCCUGGGAAUCCCCUGAGCUGCUGAAAAACAGAAAACCUUCUCCACUUUUGCAUCCCACUUGACUGCUGUUGCCAGGUACUGUGGAACAACUAUGUACACAUACUUGCAGCUCCCUCAACACGGAUCCCAGACAGGAAAUCAGAUGGUCUCAGUAUUUUAUACAAUGGUGACCCCCAUGUUAAAUCCUCUCACCUAUAGUUUGAGAAACGAGGAGGUAAAAAUUGCUCUACAGAAAAUAUUGAGGAAGAGUUCUUAA